CAAUUGGAAGAGCAAAAGAUGAACACUUUCAACAUUAGCAUUUUACAGUUUUUUGCUUUCGAACUUUUGGAAAAUCUCUUUUCAACUCAUCAUGUUUAACAAUUUUUUGCUCAUUUUUUCACUUUGUUUAGUUUUUGUUUCAGUACAUUGUGAACCAGAUUCUGCUGAUUGUCCUGAUCCCAAGUCGAUUGAACCAUGCCAUUGUGAUCGCGAGGGAAUCUCCUGCUUCAACUCAUUGGAUGAACAAAAGUUGAGUCAAGUGUUUAAAGUACCAAAUGGAUACAAUGCUUACCGGUCUGUUUGGAUCACUCAAAACUCUAUCUAUAAUUUAACUCGAAACAUCUUUAAUGGUUUACGAAUUCAAUCCUUUUUCAUCGAAGAAAAUGAAAUUGAAACAGUUGAAGAAGGCGCUUUCACUGGUUCAUAUGAGAUUGUUAAACAAAUUAGCCUCCACCGAAACAAGAUCAAGUCUUUUCCCUUUAAUGAAUUGGGUUUAAUGGAACAGCUUGAAAGUUUGACUCUGUCACACAACAAGCUGACGAUCAUUCCAGCCAACAGCUUUUCUUUGGCCACCAAAUUGACUCAAAUUGAUUUAUCAAACAAUGAAAUUGAAACUCUUGAGCCAGGAGCAUUUUUCGGAAUGAGAAACUUGCAGUUAAUUUUACUGGGAAACAACAAAUUAACCCAAUUACCAGCUCUUUCAUUUGGUUCAAACUUGUUAUUCACGCUUGAUGUCUCCAAUAAUGUUAUCAAUUCCAUUGAUCGUUCAACAUUUUUAAAUGCAGUUCCAGCAAUAAUUGAACUUUCAUAUAAUCAAUUGACUUUUCUGGAUCCAAACAUCUUCGAGAAUCUUGUUAGAUCUUAUAAUACCAAGAUUGGCAUUGGAGGUAAUCCAUUGAGCUGUCGAGGUUGCACCAAAUACAAAUGGCUUCUAUCGACUUCAGAGGAGUUCAUCGUCGACUUUCAAUGCGCAAAUGGACGAACCCUGAGUGACCUCAAUCUACUCAACAUUGGAUGCAUCUUUUAAUGUCCAAAUUAAAGUCAAUCAAAACUAUUUCUAUUGAGAUUAAUGUGUAACAAGAAAAAGUCGAUUAAAUAUUUAUUCAAAAAACAAA